AUGUCAGAAAAGAGAGUUAUACCUCUUGAGUCAAAUCCCGAUAUAUUCAAUGAAUUAUCGUACAAGCUUGGAUUGUCGCCAAUCCUUCAAUUCCACGAUUUAUAUUCUUUAACGGAUCCCGACUUACUCUCCUUUAUCCCGCAACCUGUUUACGCCAUUAUUUUGUUGUUCCCCUUGACUACAAAUUACGAAUUGUAUAGAGAAUCUACGGACAAUAUCUCAUCUUCCAAGCCUUACGCCAAUGAAAAGAGUUCCGAUAUUAAAUGGUUUAAACAAACCAUAGGAAAUGGAUGCGGGCUCUAUGCCUUGUUGCAUGUACUAGCAAAUUUGCCGCAAGAUCUUAUUAUAAAUGGCUCAGUUUUGAAGGAAAACUUAUUAAGACAAAUCACCAAGCAUUCUAGUGUAAUUGAUGUAGCAAGAAAAGUCGAAAACUUGGAGAGUGACAUUCAACUUGACGACAAUUACGGAGUUCAGGGCCAAACUGCAGCCCCAACUCUGGACGAGCCAGUAGAGUUACAUUUUAUAACAUUCAUUAAAUCAGGUGAGAACAACCAUUUAUAUGAAUUGGAUGGAAGAAGGAAUGGGCCAAUUGACUUAGGUGAAGCGACAUCUACAGAUAGUCCGAAUAUUUUGAACGAAUCUAAGAUUAUUGAAAAGGUGCAAUUCUACAUGAAUAAUACUGACGAGAAGAACAAGCACAACUUUUCAAUUAUGGCUAUUGCUCCAAGCUAUUAG